GCCUGGAUUCGCGUUCAGCCCAUGAUUUGCACUGCACGUCGUGUCGAAAGCAGGGCUGGCAACUCCCGCGUCACUUGCAUUGGCUUGAAGCGCGUAGAGUGUUGACGGACUGCUGUACCCUCUCGAUCGAACACCAUCACCCCAAACGCCGAUUGCAACUCGUUCAUAACCUGUGUCUACUACGAGUUCCUGUGUUCUUUGGUCUUCUUGCACCGACGGCACACACCGAACGAGGCAAAGCACGUGAGUGAGCGUAUGCCUGAGCCUGGGGCCCAAGCGUACAAUGUUCUCACUUUCAUCGCCGCCGCCGCCACGACCAUCGCCGCCAGCAGAGCCGUACAGCAGUUAUUUCGUCGCUGCCAAGUCCGCAGAUCGGAUUCGACCUCGCCUUGUCCCGUUCCAUGCCCACGCUCCGCCGACGCCGUCGCCGCUGCGGUCAUCUCGGAAUGCGAAUGCGAAUGCGAAUGCCAAUUUGAAUUUGAACUAUAUGCCAACAGCCUUCCUGAACAAUGCGGCGCCGGUCGACGAUGAGACCGAUGACUCGACGUCUUUGCUGAGUUCUUCGCCGGUUAGUGGACCUGCACGUGGCGGGGGAUUCGUGGAUGAGAAUGGAAUUAUCCAAGUUGGCGGAAACAAGUUCGGUACACAGUCCACGGGACCAGACAGGCGAGAUGGACAAGCAUGCGGCUUCGGUAUAGGGCUGCUGCAAAAGACGCCGGAGGGAAAGGCAACAACAAACUACACGUCAGACACAAAUAUAAACGGCAAUGGCACCGGUGGCUCAGAAGCUUCUGUCAAACUUAUUACGCCGCCUGAGUCAGGCUCGAGUGCAACGAAUGCCAACAACCGCCCUGUAAUGUCCAUGGGCAGUGGAACACACGGAUUCCCCAACACUGGCAGUUGGGAACGGCGUUCACGAGACGCAGGCGCCGCAGCAGCAUUGGCCAGACAUGCGGCUCAAGGGAGAGACAAGAAGAAAACCCAGUUUCUCGACCGCAUCCGACGGCGGCGAGACGAUUCACGCACCGAUAUCUACGGCGAUCAAGUCCUCCGAAUGGAUUUCGUGCGCGAACGAAGACAGUGGGAGGAAGAGAUGAAUCGUCGGGCUUUGCUGGAGCAAGGUGUCCUGGCGCCGCCGGAAGAAGAAGAUGAGGCAGACGGUAUCGACUCGGCUAUGCAUGAUAAUAACCCUGCCAUGGUGCCACUGUAUGGUCUGUCCGGUCGAGCAGUACCAGAGGCAGAGGAGGAUGGAGGAGCGGAUUUGUCUCCGACUGAAAUUCAUGAUGUUGACGAUGCAUUGGUCGAGUAUUAUGCGCGAAUCGCCGAAAUGGGUGGUGAUGUACAAGACGCAGCUAGGGGCGACAACCGCCUUGAACACAGCGGUGGCAAUGGCAAUGGCGACGACGAUGACUUCUUGAUUGACGACAACGAGGUCGACAUGGAGGAAUAUGAUCAGCUAUUCGAAGAGCUUGUUGCUCAGAAUCAGCACCGGCGUGGGAUGUCACAGACACAGUGGAUGGCGAGUCCGACGGAUACAGAACGGCAACAGCAGCAGCAACGUCAAGCGGAUCAGAAUGCCCAUGACGCCAAUGUUGCGCGGGACUAUCAUGAUUCUAAUAUGGAUCUUUCUUGAAAUUUGUCCGGAGGGAGGUGGGAAACCACGGCACUCUUUCUCUCCUGGCAAGCUGGCUCUCUGUAGAGGGCUCCCUGUGGAUUGUCAUCAUCUGUGGCUGGUAGGAUUAUUUUGUGAGAACUGCAUUGUGAGCGGUUCUGGUUUUGAACGAGCCCGUCGGCAGGCUGCGAAGUGUUGUUCCUUAGUAAUGCAUGAUACCAGAGACUAGACCCAGUGGCUGUCUUGUCAAUGCCUGUAGAAACGGGUGUGCUUGGCCCGCCCCAUCAAUGAAUAACCGUCGUGUACACAAUGUAAUUUCUAUCCUCGAGUAUUCUAUCUGGCACUCUGCCGGCAUCGU